ACCCGUAUAAUUAAGUAGAUCUGUAAACAUGGGAACACAAGAGAAGGACGUAAAAGUACCCGAUCAUGAAGGCAGGCGGUGCUUGCUAGCAGACAAGCACAUUGAUUUCAUAGCCACGUACGGAAAAACGAACAACGAAUACGAAUAUUACAUAACCGAGUAUCUGAGGAUGAGUGGUGUCUACUGGGGUCUCACUGCCCUAGACUUGCUCAACAACUUGGACCGAAUGGAUCGGCAGGAAGUACUUGAGUUUGUGAAAUCAUGUCAACAUCCUUGUGGUGGAUUUGGUGCUGCACCUAGACAUGACCCUCACCUAUUGUAUACCCUUAGCGCAAUACAAAUCCUUACUCUAUACGAUGCAUUAGAAGAAGUAGAUACUGCUACAUGUGUUCGAUUUGUGAAGGAACUACAGCAGCCUGAUGGUUCUUUCUUUGGCGAUAAAUGGGGAGAAGUAGACACACGGUUUUCCUUCUGUGCUGUCGCUUGCUUGUCACUCUUGGGGCAACUGCAUGCAGCCAAUAUCGACAAAGCCAUUGAAUUCAUUCUCUCUUGUAUGAAUUUUGAUGGUGGAUUUGGUAGUCAGCCGGGAUCGGAGUCUCAUGCUGGCCAAAUCUAUUGUUGUGUUGGAGCACUGGCUGUUGUGGGUGCCCUUUAUCAUGUCGAUGUGGACACACUUGGCUGGUGGCUGUGUGAACGGCAGCUUCCUUCAGGAGGGCUUAAUGGACGGCCAGAAAAACUACCUGAUGUGUGCUACUCAUGGUGGGUGUUGGCAUCAUUAAAGAUGAUUGAUCGCAUUCACUGGAUUGACAAGGACAAACUUAUUGCCUUCAUUUUGGCAUGCCAAGAUGAAGAGACAGGAGGCAUUGCAGACAGACCAGGAGACAUGGUUGAUCCCUUUCACACUCUAUUUGGAAUAGCUGGUCUAUCUCUACUUGGACAUGAAAGCAUCAAGAAGGUCAAUCCAGUAUUCUGCAUGCCAGAGACAUCACUCACAAAGCUAAAAGUAAAGCCCAUUUUGCUAUAG